AUGGACUGGAGCUCCGUCUACGAGAACAGCGGCGAAGAGCGCGGGAACUGGGAGGACUACGGCGAGACGCGCUCGUCCCGCAACGCGCACCGUCUGCUCCACCGCCAGCCGUCGUCCCUUUCGCUCCUACAGCAGCCGCAGCAGGCCGCCGCCUCGAGCGCGCAGUAUUCGCCAGCUGUAGCCUACGCUUUUACAGUGAACUACAUCCUCGGCGUCGGCUCCUUGGGCGUUCCCUACGCUUUCUACCGUGCCGGUCUCGUCCUGGGCAACGUCCUGAUCGUCCUCGUCACGCUCGUGUCCUACGUGACGGUCAUGUGGGUCUGUGAGAGCGUCGCGAGGGCUCAAGACGCGCGUGUCUUGCCGUCACGAUGUGACGAAACGUCGCCUCUCAAAAAUGAUACGCGCUUGUCCGACGCUGAUGCUAAUUCUAGAAACCCUAUUUUCUCGACGUCACAAAAAAAGUGCAUCUGUGUGCUCGAAACAGAUGCUUUUUUCCCAGAAGUGACGCAGCUCUGUGACAAGGUGUUGGGCUCUUUUGGGUCCAAGCUGUACCAGGUUUCGCUAUUGGGCCUCAUGUACGGAGGGCUGGUUGGCUACAGUCAAGUGUUUGUCAAUACGUUCUUGACGCAAGUGGACCAUCUUGGCAACUGGCAGCUCUCGAGUGGCCACGCAGUUGUGGUCUUUGCUUGCAUUGUGCUGCCGCUGUCGUGCACGGACCUGACGGAGCAGAUUUACGUCCAGUUGACCAUGUCCGUCGUCCGCUUCGCAGCGUUGCUCAUCAUGAUUGGCAGUGCAACUUGUGCAAUGUAUGGAGAUCCAUACGACGGUGGAGUGGGGCAGGAAGACACGGCAAAAGAGCUGUCUCCACCGUUUAUCAGCACCUACUCGCUCGUGGAUUGGAGCGGGUUCGGGGUCAUGUUUAGCACAGGCGUGUUUUCGCAAUUGUUCCAGCAUUCGGUGCCUGGAUUGUUGGCCCCACUGGGCUCAAAAAAGCAGGACAAGGCAAGCGUCAUUUUCGGCAGUACGUUGUUGACUACUAUGGUGUUUUAUAUUGCACUGGGCUCGGUGUGUUCGCUGUAUUUUGGCCCGAAGUUGGCGACGAGUGUGAAUUUGAAUUGGGCAGAGUUUACGUGGGGAAGAAACGAGUCCAUGUCGCUUGUGCCAAUGUGGCUGAAGCUUUUGUCGAUGAUUGUCGUAGUAUUUCCCGCUCUGGAUACUCUGAGCGUAUUCCCUCUCAUUUCCGUGACGCUCGGUGACAAUAUGGCUGCUGUGAUGCCAAAGCGAUGGACUCAACGUGGAAGGAAAUCGUCUUGGAAGCUCUUUUGUCGAUUUGGCGCAGCUUUGCCGCCGCUACUAAUAUCGGUGUUUGUGUCAGACUUGUCUGUUACGCUUCAGAUAAGUGGACUGAUGGGUAUCUACGUGGCUUUCUUCGCACCCGCGAUGUUGCAAUUGUAUGCGUGCCGCGCAGGUUCUCACAAGAAUGUCUACAGCGGUAUGUUUAGUGGAACGGCUUGUGUGGUUGGCGUGUUGGUGUUUGGUAUGCUGGCACUGCUUAUUCUUCUCUAUCAGCUAGUGUAUCAAGCUGCUUAA